AUGGCGUCGAAUUCCAGUGCCUCCUCGAGCUCCUUUUCGUCAGCAGCAGAAGGAAUUACGGGGGGCUACACCGGCGACAGUCUCACCAUCAAAGUCAUGAUCGCGUUCUUCCUCGGUCUAUCGCUGUAUAACGCUCUCGAGUUGCAGGUACUCAUAUUUGGUACCUUUAAAAAGUUCAAGGGCCUUUAUUUCUGGAGCCUGGUCGUUUCCAGCUUGGGCAUCGUGCCUUACUCAAUAGGCUUCAUCUUCAAAUACUUCUCGAUCCUCAUGAGCGCGAAGUGGUUCUCCCUGCUGCUAUUGAGUAUUGGCUGGUAUCCUAUGAUUACAGGACAAGCAGUUGUUCUGUAUUCAAGACUCCACUUGUUGUUGACAGGCGAAAGAAGAGACAAGAUCCUGAAGUGGACGAAGUGGAUGAUUAUCGUCAAUGCGAUUGUUCUGCAUAUACCGACAACGGUUCUGACCAUCGGAUCCAACAGUGACACGCAUACCCGUGCCUUUGUGGACGGAUACAAUGUUAUGGAGAAGGUCCAGAUGUGUGGCUUCUUUCUCCAAGAAGUUAUUCUGUCGUCGAUCUAUAUUAUCGAGGCUAUUCGCACACUUCGCUCCUCGGUGCAAACAAAUACCAAGAGACUCAUGUAUCAACUGUUGGCGAUCAACGUCUUAAUCAUCACGCUGGACCUGGGCUUACUGGGGCUGGAAUGUGCCUCGCUGUAUAUCCUCGAAACAAUCACAAAACCGGCCUUUUACUCGAUCAAACUUAAGCUGGAAUUUGCCAUUCUUGGGAAACUGGUCGAUUUUGUCGGUGGAAGGAACUCAUCACUUCCGUUUACACGAGAUGAGAAGCGAACCUCUUCGGCUCUGACUGGAGGCACCGACAUAUCCGAGUUCGUGGACCUCACAAAGGUCGGCACUGAUGUGACAAGGAUAUCUCAGCGAAAGUGGCCGACCACUGGGAACAGGGCUGAUACCAGAAACCGGGACUUCGAUAUGGAGAUCGCGAGACUGGAGCACGUGGAGACGCUUCCGUCAGAGGCAAGGAUACCCAACGGAGAGUUGGGGCUCGCAAGGUAG